AUGGCCUUAAUUAUGAAAUACCUUGACAGUAUGCAUCACUACAUGGACAAAUACGGAGACCCGCGAACGAAAGAUUGGCCACUGAUGUCGUCGCCGCUCCCAACCCUAGCGCUAUGUUUAGGAUAUGUGUACUUAGUCAAAGUCCUGGGUCCAAGGCUAAUGGAAAACCGCAAACCCUUCCAGCUCAAAAACACCCUCAUAGUGUACAACUUCGUUCAAGUCGUGUUCAGUGCCUGGUUAUUCUAUGAGAUUGGUGUAUCGGGUUGGCUAACGGGACAUUAUAACUUCCGAUGCCAGCCAGUCGACUAUAGUAACCACCCCAAAACGCUGCGGAUGGUGCAUGCCUGCUGGUGGUACUACUUCUCAAAAUUCACCGAAUUCUUUGACACGUUCUUCUUUGUGAUGCGCAAAAAGAGUAGUCAAGUGUCUACAUUGCACGUCAUUCACCACGGAUGUAUGCCAAUGUCGGUGUGGUUCGGUGUUAAGUUCACUCCAGGCGGUCACAGCACAUUCUUCGGCCUUUUGAACACGUUCGUACACAUAGUGAUGUAUACGUACUAUCUGUUUACUGCCCUCGGACCGCAAUUCCAGAGAUAUUUGUGGUGGAAGAAAUAUUUAACCGCCCUUCAAAUGGUCCAGUUCGUCCUGAUUAUGGUACACGCUUUCCAGCUGCUGUUUAUCGACUGCAACUACCCGAAAGCUUUCGUCUGGUGGAUCGGAAUGCAUGCUGUGAUGUUCUUCUUCCUGUUCAACGAGUUCUACCAGUCCACAUACAAAGCCCAAAUGCGGAAGAGGGACGCGGCUGCCGCUGCCAAGAGGCGGGAAGCUGAACUACUCCUGCAACAACAGCAACAACAAAAUGGCCACGUGGCCAACGGUAGCGCCAACGGUACGCUCAGCAAUGGUACCGGCAACAAGGCGGCCGAUUAUUACGUGCGCGGUGACCUACCAGCCGAGAUGGAACUAACGCAACGGUCAUCAACGAAUACGCACACGACAGCCCAAUAA